AUGGCCACAAUCGGUGGAGGGUUCGCAAUCUGGACCGCUGUGGUGGGGUCCGUCACCGUUUUGAACACAGUCAAAGGCUGGAUCCAGGAGCUGCGACAAUUUCAAAUCGAGGUCCGCAGGGGUGAACAAACGUUGGACGAGCUCAAACUUGCCCUUGAUACCAGCUCGGCAAACCUAGAGGCCUGGAGAGAGAUGUGGGAUAUUAAUAGGGAUAUUGACAAAGGCUAUCCACGGGGACUCUGGGGCAGAACAGCAGCAAACACGAUUGAAAGUCACCUGAGCUCUAUACAGCGAUUACACGGAGAGGUUGAAAAUAUUCUCAAUACUCACCGCGGGCGCAAGCCAGCCAAAAUACUCAAGCUUGUCACAACUUCAGCACCAGACAUUUUGAGAAAAUUUGAAAUCAUUAAUACGCAAAUGUCUUCAGUCAAGAGUCUCUCCGAUGCUGCAUUCAAGAACAGGCAUCAGGCAGAAAUGGAUGCCGCAAAAUCAAAAGAGAUACUAGGGUCAGCAAAGGAGAUUAUGUUCCUGAGAGCUAUCUACGACUCGAGAAUUCCAUCCGGAGAUUUCUAUGACUCUUUUUGUGCUGCAAAAGCAAGAUUGCCAUCGCCCAAUGCCAAGCUGGAAAUGGAUAUAUACCGACAGUAUCUCGGCCCUUUGGACACGAGGUCAAUGCUUCAACUUCAAUACAACAUCUACCUCCCUGUCGCAUCCUUUUCAUUCUAUGAUUUGGUUGUUGAAGGUCCUUUACCCAUCGAGGCCGAGCCAACCUCGAGCUACAGUAGCUUUAUCGAGGCCUGCCAGGAAUCCAGGCUCAAUACCGCGAGGCAAUUCUUCAAGGUUGGUAAUACCUGGUUCGGAUCCAAGGAAAGUCGGGCAGCACCAGCUGUAGACAAAUCCUUCCGACAACACGGCGACUUGUGGCUGCAACGAUUAAAGCCCAUCUCGUCUAUCUUUUAUAGUCUGACGACUACAUACGAUGACUUACCAGACCAGGACUUCCCCCUAUCCGAACGUAUAAUGUUUGCCUUCAAGACAGCCGAGUACGGCUUUUUCUUUUGCGGAACAAAUUGGAUGGCCGACCUGAAAAUCAGAAAUGUCCAUUCAGGGCGAGACGGACAACAAACGCGACACUUCUACCUCGAAACCAAUGGAACACCACGCAGGACUCCACCAAAUGGCCAUAAUGAGCGACGGCGAAAUGCUCAUCAAUUUGCGAGGGACGCACUCCUAGUGGGCACCUUGAUACUUCAAGCCGGCACUGGUCAGUUUGCCAGUUAUUCGAGAAACCACAAAGGCGAGCAUUCCUUCUGCAUGCACCCCAUCGCGACGCAGAACAAUGCAGCUACCGAAACAAAAACUCUCAGUGAAGUUUGCAUGCUGCUGCAAAGAGCCAUCAGUGACGACUAUGCCAAGGCAGUGGAGACGUGUGUACAAUGCGGGGGCAAAUGGCUACGCGACAGUAAAAAUGAGUCUCUUAGUGCCGAAGAUCUCUGCAACAAAAUGCUGCAAGAGUAUUAUAAUCAUGUUUACCUACCGUGA